AAAAGCAAAGACAAAACCCCAUAGAAAAUUGUUAGUUCUCGCGAGUGUGCAAAGGGGUUUUGGUCUGUUGUAAUUUGUGAACUUCAAACGGAGGCAACUGCUUCACCGACUAGCCGGAGGAGAAGAUGACGACGAAGAUAGCGCCGGGAGUCGGAGCCAAUCUGCUCGGCCAGCACGCCCCCGAGAGGAAUCAAGACGCCACUGCCUAUGUCGGAAAUCUAGAUCCCCAGGUUUCUGAGGAGUUGCUUUGGGAGCUGUUUGUUCAAGCCGGUCCAGUUGUUAAUGUGUAUGUUCCUAAGGAUAGAGUCACUAAUUUGCAUCAAGGAUAUGGAUUCAUUGAGUUUCGCAGCGAGGAAGAUGCAGAUUAUGCAAUCAAGGUGCUAAAUAUGAUCAAGCUCUAUGGGAAGCCAAUUCGCGUUAACAAGGCGUCUCAAGACAAAAAGAGUUUGGAUGUGGGGGCAAAUCUCUUCAUAGGAAACCUAGACCCGGAUGUUGAUGAGAAGCUUCUCUACGAUACUUUCAGUGCAUUUGGGGUCAUCGUGACGAAUCCUAAGAUUAUGAGGGAUCCAGAUACAGGAAAUUCGCGUGGGUUUGGUUUUAUUAGCUAUGACUCCUUUGAGGCAUCUGAUGCAGCAAUUGAGGCAAUGAAUGGUCAGUAUCUCUGUAAUCGUCAAAUAACAGUUUCGUAUGCCUAUAAGAAAGAUACCAAGGGAGAGCGGCACGGCACACCUGCAGAGAGAGUAUUGGCUGCUAGCAAUCCCCAAAAGAGUAGGCCUCACACUUUGUUCGCAAGUGGCCCUCCGACACUUCCAAAGGUUGCACAGCCUAAUGGUGCGAUUGGAGCUCCGGUGCCACCGCGCCCCUUUGCUAACGGUGCAAUCACUCCCAACCCUAUUCCUGCAAUACGUCCUUCGCCACCACAAGGGGUGGCUUUCCCCCCUAUGCCAAUGGCCGGACAACCACCAGCCUGGCAAGGUCAGCCGCAGCAACCAGGUCAUAUGAUGCCGGGUUCCAUGAUUCCACCACCAGUUCAGCAGUUCCGGCCACCUCCCCCAAACAUGCCAAUGCCACCACCGCAGGCUCAAGCACAUUCCAUGUCUAUCCCUCCACCAAUGGGAAUGGGAGGAGCACAGCCACCGCUUUGGCGACCACCGCCACCGCCAAUGCAGCAGCAGCAGCCUGGAAGGCCACCUAUGCAAAUGUCAUCAAUGCCCCCGCCGCCACCUCCAAAUCAUAUUCCACCACCUCUACCUUCUUCUGGCUGAUACAUCAAUAUAUUACUAGCCAUGAAAAUGAGAUCAUGUUUAUUUCCUUUUUGUGAUAAUAUUCAGUAGGUUGUCAUAUUGUCAUACAAAUUGUUAACACUUCAAUCCGAGAAAUUAGCAGGAGGAAAUUCGGCAUUUUUGCUA